AUGUAUUGGAGGGGAAAUGAUUCUAUCGCCUGCCCAGGAGCCUUUCACUCCAGGUACGAGAAUCUGGAGGUCUACCAAGCGGAAGUUUCCCUCCCAGAGGAGCUCUACCCAUUUGCCACCUCGGGUAGAAGCCUCCCACUUGUCGAGAUUGACGAGGACCCACUCUUGUCCCAUAUCAGAUAUAGCGUGUCGCUUGAAGAGAAGGAGUACGGGCUUGUAACGUUUGGGGAGGUUGUAGUGGGGCGCAAAGUGUGUGACGUUGAGG